GUCUCAAUAGCCCGAGUGACUCAUUUUCUUUGUUUAUUAGGUUCUAUGUAUAAAGAAAUUCAUUAAUUUUAUAAAAGAUUUGAUUACAAACUAUAUUCCUGCAUAUUUCAUCACAGCUGUAGUUACAGAUUAGUUAUGAAAUUUUAAAAAGUGAAAGUAAAGGUGUGAAAACUACGAUUAUCUACCCAGCUACUGAGAAGCACAUAGCCAAGUUCAGUCAACAAGAAGUCCACAUAAUAUUAGAGACACCGGAGUUGUACAACAAGUUGACACUCCCCAAUAUUGAGAAGGAGCAGUUUAAUUUGCAGUGGGUCUAUAACAUUCUAGAAGGCAAGAGCGAGCAAGACAGAAUAGUCCACGACAACAAGUGUGAAAAGGAGGGCUUCGUCUUGGUUCCAGAUCUAAAGUGGGAUGGUCUCACCAAGGAGACUUUGUAUCUACUAGCGAUCGUGAGGCAGAGGGGUAUUAAAUCCUUGAGGGAUCUGAAUGAGAGCCAUUUACCGCUUUUGAAAAGAGUACGCGACGAGGGAAAGAAAACAAUAUUCUCUAAGUACAACGUGCCUGGAAGUCAGUUACGCGUCUACCUUCACUACCAACCGUCGUUCUAUCAUCUCCACAUACAUUUCACAUAUCUCAGGCACGAAGCACCCGGCAUCUAUGCAGAGAAGUCCCACCUCCUCGACACUGUCAUUGACAACAUCGAAAUGAUGGGUUCUUAUUAUCAGAGAGCUACCUUACCGUUCACCAUCAGAGAGAUGGACUCACUUUUUAAUGUUUACGAAACCAAUGGUCAUGUUGAGAGAAUCAAGCCAAAUAUUGAAUUGAUCGAUAAAUAAAAUUUCAUAGUCCAACACGUUAAAAUGUUGAUUAAAAAUAUUUUUAUGGAAUUACGCUCGCGGCUGCGCAGUUGCAAUGUUUACAUUACAACUGGCGUGGAUUUAAAUAAAAACUGCAACCUCAAAAUUAAUAUACAGUCAAAUUGUAUAAUUCUCAAUUAUUAUAAUGAUAGCGAUAGUUUAAAGAGAAGUGACAGUCUCUCGUCUAUAGAAAGUCUCUCGGAUUGCUAUUCUGAAGACGAAUCGGAUGAUUCCUCUGUGAUUCCUAUCGAUGAAUUCUGUCACAUUAUUCCAAAUUCUAUGUCGUGUCUCAAAAUAGACAAAAGCACAAUCACUUUUCGGAUAUUGACAGAACCCAAAAAUGGCGGCAAUUUUUACGCGGAAUUUUUAUCGACGGAUAACCUUGGAAAUUGUCCCAAAACUAACAGUAUGAAAAUCAAUCUGCAGCCCGAUGUAGAUAUUAAAAUAAUUUGUGCAAACUGUUCUAAUGUCAUUUCAAAGGAUUGCGUCAAAUUCGACAGAAUCUUGGAGUUGCCAACAACGAAUUUAGAUAUGUCAGAAUGGUUUUGUCACGGCCACGGACAUGGCAACUCCUCGCAACUUGUUGUUCUGAAACCGAAUAAAAAUGAUUUUCUAUACCGUCUGACGUAUUUCGUCGUAAACAACAAUUUGUUGUCAGAGAAAAGCAAUAAAUUUAACGGUAAAAGAGACAUCUACCACUGCAAUAGAUGCUUAGCCUGGUUGGGCCUAAAAAAUAAGGAUACAGUGAAAUUGUUCAACUCUGAAGUGAAAAUGCAACAGGACAAUAUCGAUUCUCAUAUAUUUUUGCAUAAUACUCAGAACGCAUAUGAUAUAAUCAUAGAUGAUUUCAUAUACACGAUCGAAUGCAUGACCAAAGAAUCAAACUUAGGGUUACAGUAUUCGGUAAUUUGUAAAAUAGUUCUGGAAUGUUCUAUUUCCUCAACAGACAAACAGUACUUACUGAUAUGGAUAAUGGACAAAGAACUGCAAGUACUCAGGAACAAUGAAGAACACAUCGAGGGCGACAAAGUUAUUUUACAAUCGAGUUUUCUCACAAAGAUCUUGUAUAAAAUCGAGUUGGCAAUGAACGAAGAGGUUGAAACAUGGCUGUCAGAUCCGACAGUCGUGUCCACAGACAUAUCUAGAAGCAUGUUUUGUCGCGGUGUAGAACACUUGCAGCUGAUGUCGCAGAAAGUUCCGGAAGCAUUUCGUAGCGCUAAUGGCUAUAGUAUCAGUUAUUUGAAAGUCUGAAUAAUAAAUUUAAUGAAGC